AUGUAUUUGAACAUCAUAUCCCUUUCUCUACCCCUCCUGUCAAUUGCCCUCGCAAGAGACAUUGUCUUUCCCCCAAUUGCAGCAGUCCAAGGCUCUAGCCAGUUGCCACUCUCCCACGAUGACCCUGUUGAUAUCACGACCAACAGUCAGUACAACGGGUUGACCACAUUCGCUCAUCUGCCAUACGUCAACUGCUUUGUAGACGAGGAAAGCGACUCUACUCCCUACGACAUCGCCUUUCUGGGCGCCCCCUUCGACACGGCAGUGACGGCCCGCCCUGGCGCCCGCUUCGGACCAGGCGGUAUUCGACUGGGCUCGCGGCGUCUUGGAGGCUGGAGCGUGUACACCGGGGAAAAUGCCUUUGCGAGCUGGGCGAAACUGGUGGAUUGUGGUGAUGCGCCGUUGACCUGGCUGGAUAAUACGGUUGCGCUGAAGCAGCUCGACUUGGCGCAUAAGGUCGUGUCGUCGCGCCGCACAAACGAUACUCGGGCUGGGAAGACGCCUCGCAUCAUUGCCCUGGGCGGCGAUCAUACGACCACCCUGUCGGCGUUGCGGUCGACGCAGCUGGAGAGGGGCGUCAACCACGGAACAUUUCUCCAUCUAGCCCAUGAAGAAGGCCUAAUUCGCAACACGUCGAUCCAUGUCGGCAUUCGCGCGCCCGUCGUUCGCCCCAAAGGCGAUAUCCGCAACGACCUGCGCUGUGGCUUCGAAAUUAUCAAGGCCCGUGACCUCGACCGUCUUGGGGUCAGUGGUGUCGUCGAGCAGAUUAAGGAGCGCGUUGGGAACAGCAAGGUAUAUAUCUCUGUCGAUAUUGAUGUUCUCGAUCCUGCCUACGCGCCGGCAACCGGGACAGCUGAGCCGGGUGGUUUUACAACUCGAGAGCUUUUGUCGAUUCUCGAUGCCCUCCGGGGUCUGCCUGUGAUCGGGGCGGAUGUGGUCGAGGUCUCGCCGAUCUAUGAUACCAGCGCAGAAACGACGACUCUGGCGGCAGCCGAGUCUGACUCGCAUCUGCAUGGAGCCCCGUAUACCGGCGAUGUGGAUUGCUCCCCGCCGGGCGCACCACAAUCCAACGGUGCGGACCUGAAGAAGAUGGGUCUUAUUGGGUAA